AUGUCUCUCAUGUUAGCAAACUAUGGCGAACUGUCGCAAUUGAACGAACCCCGGCUUUGGACAAACCUCGAAGGGCUAUCUGAGCAGUGGAUUCAAGAGUGCGUCAAGCGCUCAAAGGCAUCACCAUUAAGGAUAGUGUAUGUCGGCGACUCAGAUGACUUAGAUGAUGACGCCUAUGAAGACGACGACUCGGUGGAGGGGGAGACUCUGGGGGCUGAGACAGACUUCGCAUCUUUCAACUCUUCGCUACCUCCUUGGGAACGACCGGAAGAAAUGACAUUCAAGGCAAGGGAGAUGUUAGAGCCUUUGUUCGACUUGCCGGCUAAAAUUGGGGAAUUGCAUGUCGAAACGUGUCGAAGAGACUUUCUAUCGUGUCUGGAUACACCCGCCCCAGUUUUGUCGGCUUUAACUUUGAAAAGAGUUCGUGUUCCGGAUAACUUCGUGGGCGGCUACGCCCCUCGCCUACAUCUGGUCGCCUUGCGAUCAAGCCGUGUCCAGAGUCACAAUUCUGUCCGCCCUGGCCCACCUCGCUCGCUUGAAAUUUCUGACGAUGUCAUUCCCCAGCGUGCUUCUCACCAUGGACUCGAACUGCAACCAAUCAUCCUUCCGAAUUUGAGCACUGCGCAGUUCUGCUUUUCUGCUUCACAAGUAGCGGUCGACGAUGUCCUAAACUUCAUUUCCUGCCCAAAGAUCCGGCGAUUCUCGAUCAAUUGGCCCCCGGGUUUCAUGAUGGAUAUAACUCUUGCCAGUCGAGCUACCCGAUUUUUCUGCAGAAAUUGCGACUUUGUGCCCGACACUCUCCAAUGGGGAGAUGAUGAUUCAUGUGAUCCGACAAGAGUACAGCUCGCUGUCCGGCAAGAUAGCCCAGGACAAGGCGAUUUGUCAAGAUUAAUGUUCCGUAACUGUUUUUGGUUACCGAUUGGAGAAUAUCUCACAGAAGCCUUUCCCAACAUUCAGCUUCGUUACCUCAAACUUCAUUCGGGGAAACCGAAGCUAACGGACCACCCAAUCGAGGAGUUGUCCAUUGGUAGCGGCGCUGCGAAUAUCGGCGUGAUGCUGGAUCAAUCGCCGGUAUAUCCUACUCUUCGCCACAGUGUGUUGACCCAAGUCAGCCUCCCCCCGAAGGCUAAAAAAUUCCCAGCACUGAAAAGAUGGCUCAAGGCGCAAAGGAAGAUCGAGAAGCUGACCAUCGUGGGGAGUUUCGCGUUCCCUCAGAAAGAUAUCCAGGCCCUAGCGAAGAUUGUAAGACGGGUGGAGUUGGUGAAUACUCGAGGAUAA